GUGGCAAUGGAUGGAGCCAACCUCUCUGUGAUGUCUGAGUUUGUGUUCCUUGGACUGUCCAAUUCAUGGGGUAUCCAGCUUCUUCUUUUCCUCUUUUCCUCUGUAUUCUACGUGGCAAGUUUGGUGGGAAACCUCCUCAUUGUGUUCUCUGUGACCUCUGACCCUCACUUACACUCUCCCAUGUAUUUCCUGCUGGCCAACCUCUCCUUUCUUGACCUGGGAGUUUGCUCUAUUGCAGCCCCCAAAAUGAUUUGUGACCUUUUUAGAAAACGCAAAGCCAUCUCUUUUGGGGUGUGUGUAACUCAGAUCUUCUUUAUUCAUGCUAUUGGGGGCACAGAAAUGGUGCUGCUCAUUGCCAUGGCCUUUGACAGAUAUGUGGCCAUAUGUAAGCCCCUCCACUACUUGACCAUUAUGAGCCCACGAAUGUGCAUUUUAAUUUUAGCUGCUGCCUGGAUCCUUGGCCUCAUCCACUCAGUGGCCCAACUGGCUUUUGUCAUAGACUUGCCCUUCUGUGGCCCUAAUGUAUUGGACAGCUUUUACUGUGAUCUCCCUCAGCUCAUUAAACUUGCCUGCACACAGACCAAAAGACUGGAGUUCAUGGUCACAGCCAACAGUGGGCUCAUCUCUGUGGGGUCCUUCUUUGUACUGAUUGUUUCUUAUAUUUUCAUUCUGGUCAGUGUUCGGAAACACUCCCCAGGUGGUUUAUCCAAAGCCCUCUCUACUCUGUCAGCUUAUGUCACUGUGGUGGUUUUAUUCUUUGGGCCAUUAAUCUUCUUCUACACCUGGCCCUUCCCCUCCUCACACUUGGAUAAAUUUCUUGCUAUCUUUGAUGCAGUCCUCACUCCUUUUCUGAACCCAGUUAUCUAUACAUUUAGGAACAAGGCAAUGAAGGCAGCAAUGAAGAAACUUUGCCAUCAGCUUGUGAGUUUUAGGAAGAUGUCCUGA